GCUUGGGGCUCGUGCAGAUCAGGGCGGGGCGUGGCUGCCACCUGAGCGCCGGAACCCAAUGCGCACAAAAGUGAUGCCGGGGGACACUUAUUUCCGCAGCGCCGCUCCCCAGAUGACCGGCCUGCUGCUUCCGAUACGGAAGAAUGUGGCCGCCCCAUCGUGGGGCCCUCCGGGCCCUGUCUUUGUCCCUUGCCUUGGCACGGCCACAGGGCGCUCGAACCUAUAGAGGAGAAAGGAAUGUCUCCUACACGCAGGGCCAGAGCCCGGAACCCCGGACCCGCGAAUAUUUUUACUACUUGGAUCAUCAAGGCCAGCUCUUCCUGGAUGACUCCAAAAUGAAGAACUUCGUCACCUGCUUUAAAGGUACGGCUGCGCCCCUUCCUUCGUCCCUCAAGGGGCCUGGCGGUCUCACUGAGGCCGGAGCGGUCUUUAACGUGGUGCAUGGCCCAGCGCUUCCUGGGGAGGAGGACUGCUGGGGGUCUCCUGGAGGCACAUCCUGUCUACAGCUGGACCCUGAGGAAGCCUGGCAGUUUUGUGGGCUGCUCUCCCAGGAGAUGGCCUCCAGGGCUCCCAUGCUGUUGCUGCUGCUGCUCCUCCCAUCCUGCCCUGAGGGCUGCCCUGCUGCCUGCCACUGUUACAGUGCCACGGUGGAGUGUGGUGCCCUGCGGUUGCGAGUCAUCCCACAGGGGAUACCCCCAGGGACGCAGACGCUGUUCCUGCAGGACAACAGCAUCACGCGCCUAGAGCCAGGUACGCUGGCUCCACUCUCCUCCUUGCGCCAUCUCUACCUGCACAACAAUAGCCUUCGAGCCCUGGAGUCUGGUGCCUUCCAUGCACAACCCCGUCUGCUUGAGCUGGCGCUCACUGGAAACCAGCUUCGAGGCUUACGUGGAGCCGCCUUUGCAGGGCUUGUGCAGCUUCGUGUGCUCUACCUGGCAGGCAACCAGCUGGUGCGGCUGCUGGAUUUCACCUUCCUACACCUGGCGCGACUGCAGGAGCUGCAUCUGCAAGAAAACAGCAUUGAGCUGCUGGAAGACCAAGCCUUAGCGGGGCUCUCCUCCCUGGCCCUGCUGGACCUUAGCAGAAACCAGUUGGGCACCAUCAGCCAAGAGGCUCUGCAGCCCCUGGCCAGUCUGCAAGUCCUACGCCUCACAGAGAACCCCUGGCGCUGCGACUGUGCCCUGCACUGGCUGGGUGCUUGGAUCAAGGAAGGGGGCCAGCGACUGCUUAGCUCCAGAGACAAGAAGAUCAUGUGUGCAGAGCCCCCGCGCCUGGCGAUGCAAAGUCUCCUGGAUAUAUCCGGCAGUAGCCUCAUCUGCAUUCCGCCCUCUGUACAUGUGGAGCCGCUGGUGGUCACAGCCAACUUAGGAGAGGAUUUGCGGGUGGCCUGCCAGGCCUCAGGCUACCCGCAGCCCCUGGUAACCUGGCGGAAGGUGCCCCAGCCUCGGGAAAACCGGCCACAGGCCCAGGCCCAGCUGGAAAGUGGAAUGCCAACCCUGGGAGGGCACGGGGCUCCUGAUACCGGCAGUGGCAUGCUUUUCCUCACCAAUAUCACGCUGGCACAUGCCGGCAAAUAUGAGUGUGAAGCCGCCAAUGCAGGAGGCGCCGCACGUAUACCCUUUCGCCUCUUGGUGAACGCUACCCGGCCACACCGGCUGGCCCCUCUUGCCCCGGUCGUGCGUCCCGCAGACCACGAGCCACAGCAUGAGACAGGCAGCAUGGCCUUCCGCGCCCUGGGCCUGGCCACACAGACAGCCAUCGCAGGGGCCAUAGCAUUGCUGGCACUCACAGCGCUGCUGUUGGCAGCCAUGAUCUGCCGGCGCCGUCGCAGGCGGAAAAAGGCGCGCGCGCCGCCGGGGGAAGGCACGCUGUUUGUCAACGACUACUCAGACGGGCCCUGCACCUUCGCGCAACUUGAGGAGCUCCGCGACGAGCGCGGCCACGAGAUGUUCGUCAUUGAUCGUUCCAAGCCCCUGUUUGUCGAGGGCCCGGUGGAGACUCCCGAGGAUCGAAGCACGACGGAGGGCCUGGCGCCGAUGUCCCGCCUCCCGCCGCGCGUUGCCUAUGAGAUCCACUGCUGAGCACACAGCACGUACCGAUGACGUGUGCACCGGGGAUUGGCCGGCGCAAACCCUCAUCAGUAAAAGUGGAAGCCGCG